AGGCCCAGAGUUCAUUUGUCUCGUCUUUUGCUACAUCUGCACCCAGCAGUUUUCUGCUUUUGGCUCCUUCAUCUCUUCCAUAUAACUUGAGGGAAGCUUGACAAAGAUGGUUGGAUUCAAGCCCACGGAUGUCCCUCCCACGGCCACAGUGAAGUUCGUGGGGGCCGGCACAGCCGCCUGCAUUGCGGACCUCAUCACCUUCCCGCUGGACACCGCCAAAGUCAGGUUGCAGAUCCAAGGAGAGAAGAAGCAGGCGGUCACCACCAGAACGGCCCAGUACAAGGGGGUCUUUGGCACCAUGGCCACCAUGGUGAAGAACGAGGGGCCCAAAAGCCUUUACAAUGGCCUGGUGGCCGGCCUCCAGCGCCAAAUGAGUUUCGCUUCGGUCCGCAUUGGACUCUAUGAUUCGGUGAAGCAGUUCUACACCAAAGGCUCAGAGCAUGCUGGGAUCGGCAGCCGCCUCCUUGCAGGAUGCACCACAGGAGCCAUGGCGGUGGCGGUGGCCCAGCCAACGGACGUGGUGAAAGUGCGCUUCCAAGCACAAGCCCGGAUGGAGGGCAGCAAGCGCUACCAGGGCACGCUGGAUGCCUACAAGACCAUCGCCAGGGAGGAGGGCAUCCGAGGCCUUUGGAAAGGUACUUCACCUAAUAUCACUCGGAACGCCCUUGUGAACUGUGCCGAACUAGUGACCUAUGACCUGAUCAAGGAUAUGAUCGUGAGAUACAACCUAAUGACAGACAACCUCCCUUGCCACUUUACCUCUGCGUUUGGAGCCGGCUUCUGCACCACCGUCAUCGCCUCCCCUGUCGAUGUCGUCAAGACCAGAUACAUGAACUCUGCGCCCGGUCAAUACGGAAGUGCCGUGAAGUGCGCUCUGACCAUGCUCCAGAAGGAAGGGCCACUGGCUUUUUACAAAGGUUUCACGCCCUCCUUUCUACGUCUGGGCUCCUGGAACGUGGUGAUGUUUGUGACCUACGAGCAGCUGAAACGUGCCUUGAUGGCGGCCCGUGGAUCAUGGGAAUCCCCCUUCUGAGCCAGGAGGAGCCACACUUUGCAGAUAGAUCUCAUCAUGCGUCCACACAUCGCAAAUCUUCGAUUUGGAUCCUCUCCCAACUCGUCUCUUACGUUCUCUUUACGUCGUCCUUAGAAAACGUCUUGCCAUUAGUACGAGACGAGCAGGUGCCCCGGUCGCUCCUUUUAGCGGAUUUUUAAAAAUUGAUGUGCUGCUCUCUAUUGUGUUCGUCAAAUUUGCCUCUUGUCAAAGCACUUUGUUAAGUUCUGGAAUGGGAAACUUGGCUUCGGUACGAGCACCAUCCAGAUUUUCCAUACGCAUCCCACGUUCUGCAUUCUGUCAAAGCAAUGUCGAUCAUUUGCACAAAAGGAUCAGCAGAAAGCACUUCUGGAGAAUCGCUUUGCUGUUCAUGAGUUUGGACUACAGUUCCCAGAAUCCCCAAAAUCAGCAUGAGAGAAUCUGGGAGUUGUUGCAGGGCUUUGAUUAGGGCCAAAUGAAAGUUUUAGAAAGUUGGGAGAUCAAAGUGAUUGAGAAGGAAAGGGAGGUCUGUGCCUGAAUCUCAAACGAUUGGCAUUAAAUUAUUAUUGUUGUUUUUAAAUUAUUAUUAUUUUAUAAUUGCACUCUUUAAAGCAGGCCUGGGCCAACUUUGGCCCUCUGGGUGUUUUGGACUUCAACUCCCACAAUUCCUAACAGCCUACCAGCUGUUAGGAAUUGUGGGAGUUGAAGUCCAAAACACCCGGAGGGCCGAAUUUGGCCCAGGACUGCUUUAAACACCUAGUAGGCUGCAGUUUACCCAUGCAUGCUCUAGAAUGUUUUGGGAACUGCAUGGUCAUCUGUCAGGAGGGCUUAGAUUGGGUGUUCUUGCAUGGCAGCAGAGGGUUGGAUUGGAAGGUCCUUGUAGUAUCUUCUGACCAGGGGCAGCUGAAGCAAUAGGCAAGAUACGCAUUUGCGUAUAGCGCGAAUCCCCGAGGGGCGCUCUUGAGGCGCCCCCGCACGGAAGCCUCCUGAUCAAACACACAUUGCUGGACUCGAUCCCACUUGAUAACGAAAGGUCAGCCUUCGCCGGAAGAUCAUAAUCCUGGGAAUUAAGUAAAUCUCCAGGCGUGGGAGUGUGGAUCUCGGCAUGCCAGGGGAAGAUCAAGUGUGCGGUCAUUUUUGCAAAGGAUUAAAAGGCGUCCUUCUGCUCAUGAUACCUAUAACCUUGGACCUAGUUGCACUCACUACACAACUAUAAUGCUAUGUAUUGUUGAAGGCUUUCAUGGCUGGAAUCACUGGGUUGUUUUAGCUUUUUCGGGCUAUAUGGCCAUGUCCUAGAAG